ACCAGAAUGACAAAAGACAAAACUGGUAAAAGAAAAAGAAACGUAUUAGCAUAAUAAGCUGCUGAGUUCUGUUAAAGAAGGGCUUUUUCUUUUUUUUCUUUUUUAAUAUUUUUUUUAAGUUUAAAUAAUAAUUAUUAGUAUUCUUAUUUCUUGGAGAGAAAGUUUCGCUGUCUUCUUGUUUCAGACUCAGAUAUUGGGAUUUUGCCUCAGAUCAGAGAAAAAAAAAAAAGGGUGUGAUUCGAAUAUCGCAAAUCCUUAAUUGGUGGCGUUCAUGACCCAAUUGGGUUUCGCUCCCUUCUUCUCAACAACCCCAUCUCUGUAAAUUUCGAGUUUAUUUUUGAGGUUCAAGUAGUUGUAGAUCCAUUUCUGUGCGGAUAUUGACGAAGAUAUACCAUAAAGCAACUGCUGAUGACUGUCAAUUCUUCCCACAUGAAUUCAACCAUUUCAACGUCUCGAGGAAUACUUCCACCAACAAGGGUUGUCUCUUAUGAAUCCCCAGAAGCUGGGUCUUCUGCUUCUUUUAGCCAGCUUGAACCAGAUAUGAAUAAGGAUGAUGAAACAGAGUUACUUUCAGUCUCGUGGAAUCAGGAUUACGGUUGCUUUGCUGCAGGGACAAGCUCUGGAUUUCGUAUCUAUAACUGUGAUCCUUUCAAGGAAACUUUCAGACGUGAUUUGAAGAGUGGAGGAUUUAAAAUUGUUGAGAUGCUAUUUCGUUGCAACAUCCUUGCACUUGUUGGUGGAGGAGCUAAUUCCCAGUAUCCACCAAACAAAGUUAUGAUUUGGGAUGAUCAUCAGAGCCGCUGCAUUAGUGAAUUCUCAUUUAGGUCUGAGGUUCGUGCAGUGAAGUUAAGACGUGAUCGUCUUGUUGUUGUUCUUGAACAUAAGAUAUAUGUUUACAAUUUUACGGAUCUGAAGCUGCUUCAUCAGAUUGAGACUCUGGCAAAUCCUAGGGGAUUAUGCUGUCUUUCACACCAUUUAAAUACAUCUGUUUUGGCGUGCCCAGGACUUCAACGAGGACAGGUUCGAAUUGAACACUUUGGGUUGAAUAUGACAAAGUUCAUUAAUGCUCAUGAUUCUCACAUUGCUUGCUUCACCUUAACAAUGGAUGGUCUGCUUCUUGCAACUGCUAGUAACAAGGGCACUUUGAUAAGAAUCUUCAACACAAUGGAUGGGACUCGCCUACAAGAGGUACGUAGAGGGGUGGAGAAAGCUGAAAUUUAUAGUAUUGUGCUCUCUUCCAAUGCUCAGUGGUUGGCAGCAUCAAGUGACAAAGGUACAGUGCAUAUAUUCAGCCUCAGAGUUAGAGUGGUUGGGGAGGAUGCAUAUGAUAAUUCAAGUGCUGCUCAUGGGCAAGCGUUGUUUCACCAGAAUUCAUCAACUUCUGUAGAUGCUCUUAUUUCUCCAAAUACUGGUGCCAAUCCUAGUUCAUCAUUGUCUUUUAUGAGAGGGGUUUUACCAAAAUAUUUCAGCUCUGAAUGGUCAUUUGCUCAGUUCCACUUGCCAGAAAACACUCGAUUCAUUGUAGCAUUUGGAUCUCAGAACACUGUCAUCAUUGUUGGCAUGGAUGGGAGUUUCUACAGAUGCAGUUUUGAUCCAGUGCAAGGAGGGGAGAUGGUACAGCGGGAAUACGUACGCUUCCUGAAAACAGAUAUUCGGCCAAGAUAGUCUGUUCUUUAUUUCUUAAUAACUGUGUUAGUUGUGUAUAUAGGAUUUCCUGAACAUAUCUCUCUGUAAAUAUUUAAAUUCUACACGGUUAUUUCUUACUAAAUGUUAUAUGAUAUUGUGAUGGGAUAGCUGCAUAAAUGGCAAUUAAUUUUCUGAGUAA